AUGGUUUUCCUCAAACGGACGAUGCUGCGUCGCUUCCUGAUAAUGUCGGCCAUGUUGGCUAUGUUCCUCUUCAUCACCUCCUUCUGGUUACCUCAGGGCAGAUUCAGAGACUGUGGCGGUCCUGGGCAGCCAUGUUUAAGUUUUUACCAACAAAUGCCGGACUCUCCAUUGGUCCCUGCAGAGUGGGUGGACCUGGAUAAAGCCCCGGCCAUCAUCAAGGACUGUCCAGGCCAGUCGUUCCAGGCUCGGCUUCUUCUGCAGCACUUAAAGUCCAGCCUGGCCGACGCCGAUGACGUCCUGCUGGAGCCGUACCUGCAGAGCUGGGAUCAGCUGCUCAACUUCAUGGAGUCUCUCGGGACGAUGGUCAGUUUCUUCUCUCAGAAGGUCAAAGAAAAGGUUGUUCUUAUACGAGAGCUGUCGCUCAAACACAGCCUAGAGGCUCAUGGGAAACGUGGUCCGUCCGACCACUCUGGACUACAAACCCCAGAAUCCUUUGGGCUUAAAAAAGGAGUAAGAGAAGAAAGUGCGUACCGUUCAGUGCGAUCUAUGGUGGAGGCGGAGCUAAAAGAGGGCGUGGUUGACUUCUCCCGCCGUACAGAUUCAGGCUGCAGGACUCUGCUGCGGCUGCACCGCUCACUGCUGUGGUUGAGGCUCAUGUUGGAGGGUUUGGCUGAAGGACCGGACGCUGACGGGCAAUUUAAAACACCUGGAGAGCUGAGCAGAGACGCGUAUAAAGUGGCGUUGGCGCCCCACCACCCCUGGAUGCUCCGUCAGGCUGCAGAGCUGGUCUUCCUUGCCCUCCCAGACAGACGCUACUUCCUGCAGCUGGUGUGUGUGACGAGCCAGCGAGAGGCCACGCCUGUCCUUCGCAUCGUCAUCCACGCUCUAAAGCUCGUCCACACGCAAACGCAGAAAAUUCUUGCUGAACAGAAAAUGCUUGAGCUGCCCUGAACGCAGCACGCCUAGUUAAAUCUGUGUAAGUGUAGAGAAAGAGAGACACGACUGAAGCGCUCCAGAUGUUGAAAAUAUUAGUCUAUUUGAACACAUUUCUGUAUUUUCUUCAGAAUGUUGUUUAUUUUGGUCGUGUACAUUUAUACAGAGCAAACAAGCAGACGCAUAUUAUUUUACAGUGAUUGUGGGUAGUAUGCUGCAGGAGUAAAGACAAAACCAGAUUUACUGCUAGGAACUGAAAAAUACUGCUGAGGAAACAUGCACUUUAAGGCACCGUAUGCUGCAUUCAGGACCCUGUGGGAUUUGGAAGUUUUCUGAUGUCACAUUCAGUAAAAACAUUAGAUUAUUACAUACCUUUAGUGUCUAUGUAAGAAGUACUCAGCCUGGGAAAUAAUCACAUUUUCAACAGGCCUUGAAUGCAACAUUCAAACAGAAAAUUAAGAGCCAUAAAAAAAGUUAAGAUAAAAUGUUUUGAGAACAAAUAUAAAAACGUUUCACUGUAAAUGGAACGUGAUGAGCUUACCUUCAGUACUACAAACACAACAGGAAGUAGAAGUACAUCUGAAAUCAAAUUCUCUGAUUUAGCCUAUCAGAAGUCAUUACAGGUCAUCUUUCUUUGUCGUAACUCAAACAUCACUAAACAAAGUUUUAAGGCUAAAACGAGUUCUUAAUGUAAAUAAAGUUUUUUUAUCAUUCUGUCUUUUGUUCAAGUAAAUUUACAUUUCAAUGUAAAAUGAACUGAAAAAGUUAUUUCUUCACAUUUAGGAUGUUAAAAUGUCAAGGUGAUAAGAGAGGGUUUUUAUAUUACCCUUGAUUGUUUCAUGCCGUACCCAAGCAUGUUUGCUCCCCUCUCCUGCUGCUCUGUUUUCACAAUAAAAGGGUUAUUCCGUGCCUGAUCACACUAGUGAAUGUUCACAUUCUGGUAGGUGGGGGUGUGCAUGGAGCUGGUUUACAAAUCUGCCAAGAAGAAUAAAAAGAGAACCAACCAUGGCAGCCACUCUGGUUGACAUUGCUCUGCCCAUCCUAAUCCAAUGGAUGCCCUCUCCCUACUUCCACAUCUACUGUAUAUCUCAGAGGGUGAAACGGACCCUGACAGCUGUAAAAGAGACAGGAGAUGUUUAGAACGACUUUACCGUUCGACUCACUCAUGAGUACUGAUUUAUUGGGCUUGAAUUGUACCUUAAGCCGGGUGUACACUGUGCGAUUUCAAGCCGACCAUACGACAGUCGUGGCAGAAUAUCAUCUCAUACUGUGCGACUGAAUUGCUUACGAUGCACGACCAUCGCGCACGAGUUGUGUGCUCACACUGUACGAUCCUAUGGUCGGCACAACCUGAGUGCUCACAUUGUGCGACUGAAAUCGGGACAGACUGUGACAGAAACCCACACAGCUUCCUUUUUAAAGACUCACACACUCAGGGUGAAGUGUCUCCAGUCAUAUUCUCUCUCUCUCUUCCCCAUCUAUCUCUCCCGCUCUCUCUCUCCCUCUCCCACCAUCUCUCUCUGUCUCUCACACA